AUGUAUUUAUAUAUGAAGAUCUGCUUUAUAGUGGACUAAAAUUUGUUAAAAGAGUGGUGAGAAGAGAGACAAUUUUUGAGGGUUGAGCUCUUCAUCAAUGGCGUUUUCUUCAAGCUCUUGGCAUUUUACAAGCUUAUUCGUGAUUUUUCAGCUAUUAUGGAGUGGUAACUUGUAUGCUAAUGGAUGUUAUACGUCCAUUAUCAGCUUCGGCGACUCCCUAGCUGACACUGGUAAUCUUAAACAACUGGCAUCCAUAACCAAUCGGGUCUUUCCAGUUCUUUUGCCGCCUUAUGGAGAAAACUUUUAUGAUCAAUCCACCGGUCGUUGCUCCAAUGGCCGUCUCAUCAUCGACUUCCUAGCUGAGAGUCUUCGGUUGCCAUUGAUACCACCGUAUGUGAUCGAUAAGGGAAGUGAGAAUAUGGUGGAGUUGGGACACGGAGUGAAUUUUGCGGUGGCAGGUGCGACUGCAUUGGACUCAUCAUUUCUUGAACCAAGAGGGAUUCUUAAUACCAUGACAAAUGCAUCUUUACAAGUUCAAUUGUCAUGGUUUAAAAAAUCUUUGCGAUCUAUUUGCGGCAACGCUUCAGAUUGUAGAAACUUAAUUCGAAGUUCUUUGAUCUUAAUGGGAGAGAUUGGUGGAAACGAUUACAAUUAUCCAAUACUAGAGGGAAAACCCGUCAGCGAGAUCGAACCAUAUGUUCCUUUUGUUAUUGACGCCAUCGUGUCAGCAGUCGAUGAGUUGAUUGAGAUGGGGGCUCAAACACUAGUUGUUCCAGGAAACCUACCAAUUGGAUGCUCUUCGGCUUAUUUGACGAUAUGUGGUUCUGAAAAGGAAGAGUAUGAUAACACAACCGGUUGCCUCAUCCGGCUAAAUAAGUUUGCCGAAUACCACAACGAACUGCUUCAAACAAAACUAAAUCAAAUUCGAGAGCUACAUCCUGAUGUCAUCGUCAUCUAUGCAGAUUACUACAAUGCUGCACUGCAAAUCUACCGUUCUCCAGAUAAAUUUGGAUUCACAAACGGGGGUCUGAAGGCGUGUUGUGGAGGUGGAGGGCCGUUUAACUUUAACUCAUCGGCGGAAUGUGGAUGUCCUAACACGAGCGUGUGUGAUCAACCGGAUACAUAUGUGAGCUGGGAUGGAAUACACUUAACGGAGGCUGCAUACAGACUGAUUUCCGAGAACUUAUUUCAGGGGUCAUACACCACCCCCCGGUUUAAUUCCUUGUGCCCUACGCUUACAUCACAAGUUAGGGACAAAUUAUCGACUUCUAUGUAACUAAAGCUAUUGGAGUCAUAUACUAAGGGUCUUCUAAAGAAAUAUUUUAGAUAUCGGAUAAAUAGUUAGGUGACAUUUGUCUUUUAAGAGGUGUUGAAGUCUGAAGUCUGAUUUUACUUCUGAU